AUGACUUUCGAUGUGGAAAAAUAUAAAACCUUCUAUGAAUGUGAUGAACAUUGGGAGCUGAAAAAAACUUUCAUGGAAUCACAUAAAAACAGUUUUCCUGAAGAUGAGCUAGUUUGCCUGGCUCAAGUGUUUACCAAUAUCGAAUUGCUGGGAUGCCAGUAUCCUCCGGAAACGAUGCGCAUGGUGGCUGAACUAUCGAAAGACAUUGUAACAAAGUACCGUGAUGCGCGAACAGGAAAAUUAAAGAGAACUUUCGUUACUGCAUCGGAUGCUGCUGCGGCUCGCUAUGUGCAGAAAAAAUAG